AUGGCCAGCUCUACCUAUAUCCUUUACAGUUACACGCCCAGUCUGGUGGGCGCAGUAAUAUUUGCUGCGCUUUUCCUUUUAACGACUACUUUCCACCUCUACCAGCGAAUAAGAAGUCAUGCGAAAUACUUCAAUCCAUUCAUUGUUGGAGGAUUAUUCCAAAUCAUAGGGUAUAUCGCUCGUGCCGCCGCUCAUUAUAACAAAACAUCAACCGUUCUUUACGCAAUUCAGCAACUCUUGAUUUUGCUGGCACCGAUCCUUUACGCGGCGUCAAUUUACAUGGUUCUCGGAAGAAUCAUCAGCUUCCUCCACGGCGAACAUCUGAGCUAUGUGCCUGUCCGUCUUAUGACGAAGAUCUUUGUGGGUGGAGAUAUUCUCUCCUUUAUCCUCCAAGGUGCAGGUGGCGGUGUUAUGAGCAGUGGAUCUGAAAAGACCUUAAUUAUUGGCCAAUGGGUCAUCAUCGCGGGUCUUUGUGUCCAACUUCUUUUCUUCGGUACCUUUAUGAUAUCCUCCGGUCUCUUCCAUCUGAGAAUUCUCCAGUCACCCACAGAACAGUCGGAACGAACAAUGCACCUCCGAAUAUCUAUCUUGCCCAGAAACUGGCCCAACCUUCUCUUUACAUGCUAUGCUGUUAGUCUGUUGAUUGUGGUUCGAUCCGCUUAUCGCCUCAUCGAAUUUGUGCAAGGAAACAAUGGCUACGUUAUCAGUCACGAGGUUUUCUUGUACAUUUUUGAUGCUGCCAUAAUGUUCUUGGUUAUGGUGAUCAUGAACGUGUUUCACCCCUCUGAUGUUUUGCAGAAUGACGGACCUGCCCAGUCUAGUUCAAGCGAGGGUUCUGUUGAUCGGUCGAAGGAGCAGGCUUAG